AUAGCAUCACUUAUAAGAGAUUGAAGAAGAGAAUACAGGAGCUGAUAGAGAAGAAGAGAAUUAAGGCCUUAUUCAGACACGGUCACACGGUCAGUCUAGCUCUGCUCUCUGAGUAUGUUAAUCUGCUUAUCACUGAAGUGAAACCUGAGACAGCAGAUCAGAAAAUGCGGGAUUUUGAAGCACAGAUUGAUCUGACUGAAGAGAAGCAGCAGAAACUCUUCUCUGAGAAGACAGUGAAGAGAGAUUUUGAGAUGAUUAUCACCUCAGAUGAGGAGAAGAAGAAGAAGAAGAAUAAGAAGUGA